UUCUCUAGUCACUUUGUAACGCUACGUACCGAUUUCUCAAGAUGAAUCUCGGGCGGUUGUUGCUAUUUCUAUCCUCAUACAGUGCUUGUUCUUCUAUGAUGUGUGACCACUAUCCUUGCUACCCAUCCCGACGAGUUCAUCACCUUGACGGUACGUGGGAAUUCGUAUUUUUGAACAACAUCGAUGACGUGUCAAAGUUUGAUCCAUCAGCGGUUGUUUACAAUGACACUAUGGUCGUACCUGGUAGUUUUGAUGCACUACCAUUAUACUCAGGUGUCCGUGGCACUGCUGUGUAUAGAAGAAAGGUUGCUGUUACUGCCAAGUAUUUGUCAAGAAUAAAGUUUGAGGCUUGUAGUCUCUAUUGUGCUAUAUUCGUUGACGGAAAAAAGCUGGGAGACCAUGGAAAUGGUUACAGUCCAUUCUGGCUGGAUGUACCCGCAUCUGAAUCUCCAGAUAGAGAAAUUGUUGUCGUUGCUGAUAAUCGAUUUAACAGUAAACUAACUCCUCUUCAUUUGGAAAACUAUGAUUUCUAUCAAUACGGAGGUAUUGCCAGAAGUGUUUAUCUACAUGAAGUUGGAACGACAUCUAUCAGCAAUGUUGAUGUUAUAAUUCAUGACGCUAUGGAAGGAAAGGUGGACCUGAGAGUCAGAAUUCAUGGAUAUGACAGUGUAUCUCAAGCAACGUUUGCAGUUGCAUUUGAUGGCAAUCUGCAAGGUCAAACACACAACGUGGAAGUCUCAAAUGGAAUUGCUAUGAUCGUAGGACUUUCUGUACCAAAUCACAAACUUUGGUUUCCUCGAACACCAAACUUACAUUUUGCUGAAGUCACCGAACUAUCAGGACUUAACGAUUCAAUUAUGGUUAGAUUUGGAAUCAGGGAAGUCUCGGCAUGUAAAGACAGUCACACUGGCAGCAUGGCUGUUUGCAUCAAUGGGCAACCAACAAAGUUGUUGGGUUAUAGCAAACAUGAUAUGCACCCGGCGUUUGGCAUAUCAAUGCCUGAUCAACAGCUUUUCGAAGAUAUACAUAUGCUUAGACAGCUGGGUGGAAACUAUCUUAGGCUCGUUCACUAUCCUCACAAUCCCCAUCUUCUUGAUAUGUGUGAUGAAUUAGGAAUUCUAUUGUGGCAAGAGCUGUUAGGCUGGGGUCUUUCAGAAAGCAUCAUAAUAAAUCCAGCAAUUAAACAAGACUUGCUUCAUGACUUAGAUGAGAUGGUCAACAACACAUUCAAUCAUCCUUCUGUCAUUAUUUGGGCAUUUUUGAACGAAGGUGCUUCUGACCACUCAGAUUCUUGUGACACAUACAAGGCACUGUCUGAUCGCUACAAAAGUCUCCAGGUAAAUGGUCUUGUCUCGUGGGCUAGCAGUCGCACCACGCAUGACAAAUGCUAUGAUUCUGCAGACGUCAUAUCCUUUAACUCAUACCCAGGUUGGUACGGUGGUAGUCUCAAAGACGUUGUUCCUACUAUCCUUAGUGAGGCAGAUUUUGUUGCAAAACUAGGCAAACCUUUCAUAAAGUCUGAAAUUGGUGCAGGGGCUAUACCAGGGUGGCAAGAUCCAAUGAAUGGUGUCUGGACAGAAAACUACCAGUCUCAAGUGCUUGAAAGGAUCACUACAACUGUUGUCAACAACUCUACUAUAGCAGGUGUGUCCUUGUGGCAAUUUGCUGACACUCGCUCAAAGCCAGGAAUAAGUCGUCCUCGAACCUUCAACAACAAGGGAACUCUUGAUGAAUAUCGCAGACCAAAGCAGCCAUCGUUUCUCACAGUUCAAAAGGCCUACACAAGUUUCAACCACACAGAGAACACGUUAGGUACUCAAAAGGUUGGUAUAGUCAUCCACAGUUGGUAGGGAACUUACUGUAGCAAACGAAUUCUUGCUACUGUUGCUUGUUUGCUGUUUGUGUUGUUUUUGAAUUUUGUGAACGUUUGUUGAAAGCA